CUGAGACAACCCAUUGUGCCCGUAGAGUGUGGUUUAGAACCGGUCCGCUAGUUAGCUAAUAUACUGACAGAAAGCUAAAAACACAGCGCCCUUUGCUCUUUGGGUUCGUCGGUGAACACCACCUGGCUAACGAGCUCGUAUCACAGCUGUAAACGGUACCAUGGUCGGUGUUAAAGUUAUCGGAACUGAUCCGGACUUCCAGCCGGAGCUAGCGGCCGCCGGGUCCAGGCUCGCCGUGGUGAAGUUUACAAUGGCUGGGUGUCGGCCCUGCGUUAGAAUAGCUCCAGCUUUCAACAUGUUGAGUAACAAGUAUCCACAGGUGGUCUUUCUUGAAGUAGAUGUGCACGUAUGUCAGGCAACAGCAGCAGCCAACAACAUCUCAGCCACACCAACGUUCUUGUUCUUCAGGAACAGGGUCAGGGUGGAUCAGUAUCAGGGAGCAGACGCUGCAGGUCUUGAGGAGAAGAUCAAGCAGCACACAGAGAACGACCCAGGAAACAGCGAAGACUCUGACAUUCCAAAGGGAUAUAUGGACCUCAUGCCUUUUGUCAACAAAGCUGGCUGCGAGUGCCUCAACGAGAGUGAUGACUGUGGGUUUGACAACUGCCUAAUCAAAGACUCCUCUUAUCUGGAGUCUGACUGUGAUGAACAGUUGUUGAUAACUAUUGCCUUCAACCAGCCUGUGAAGCUCUUUUCCAUGAAGCUUCAGUCAUCAGACUUUGCCCAAGCCCCUCAGGUGGUGAAGGUGUUCAUAAAUCUCCCACGAUCCAUGGGUUUUGAUGAUGCUGAGCGGAGUGAAGCCACACAGACUCUUGAGCUGACGGAGGAGGACUACAAAGACGACGGUUUGAUUGCCUUGCGCUAUGUCAAGUUUCAGAACGUUCAGAGUGUUACGCUGUUUGUAAAAUCGAACCAAGGAGAUGAGGAGACGACAAAAAUCAACUAUCUGACAUUCAUAGGCACUCCAGUACAGGCUACCAACAUGAAUGACUUCAAAAGGGUCGUCGGGAAGAAAGGAGAGAGUCACUGAGAGGAGGAGGAGGAGGAGGAGACGACAGAUACAACCACAGAUUUCCCUCUGCCAAAGCUGCAACAGACUUUGCUGUGAUACAUUCACAUACACACAACCUACAGCUGUUCUCCUCAAACUCUUAAUGAGAUUCAGUCUAUUAACCAUUUGUAUUGUAAUUCUGAUGAAAGCCACUGUAAAUAAAACACAGUCCUUUUUCAAAGGCA